AUGGCGGGCGCGAAGGACGAGGGGCCGGCGAUCGGCAUCGACCUCGGGACGACCUACUCCUGCGUGGCCGUGUGGCGGCCGUCGCACAACCGUGUCGAGGUCAUCCCCAACGACCAGGGCAACCUCACCACGCCGUCCUGCGUUGCCUUCACCGACACCUGCCGUCUCAUCGGCGACGCGGCCAUGAACCAGGCCGCAAUGAACUCCGUCAACACCGUCUUCGACGCAAAGCGACUUAUUGGCCGGCGAUUCAGUGACACGUCCGUACAAAGUGAUAUCAAGCUAUGGCCUUUCAAAGUCAUUCAAGGUCCUGGUGACCGGCCGGUGAUCGUAGUGCAGUACAGGGGGUUGGAGAAGCAGUUCGUUGCUGCAGAGAUCUCCUCCAUGUUGCUGAUGAAGAUGCGUGAGGUGGCCGAGGCCUACCUAGGCACAGCGGUGAAGAACGCCGUCAUCACUGUCCCGGUCUACUUCAAUGACUCCCAGCGCCAGGCUACCCUUGACGCCGGCACCAUUGCUGGCCUCAACGUCAUGCGCAUCAUCAACGAGCCCUCAGCUGCAGUCAUCGCUUAUGGUCUUGACAGGACGUCCAGCAGCAGUGAAGUGAAGAUGGUGCUCAUAUUUGAUCUUGGCGGCGGUACCUUGGAUAUCUCGGUUAUCAAUAUUGACAAGGGAAUCUGUACGGUCAAGGCCACUGCUGGUGACACUCACCUUGGUGGGGAGGAUCUUAACAGCCAGAUGGUGCAGCACUUCGUGCAGGAUAUUCUUAGGAGACACAAGAGUGACAUCAGAAGCAACCCGAGGGCGCUCAUGCGGCUGAGGAUGGCUUGCGAGAGGGCAAAGAGGAUGCUAACUUCCACAGUGCAGGCCAAAAUUGAGAUUGACUCGCUCCACGAUGGCAUUGACUUCUAUGGGACCAUCACUCGUGCCCGGUUUGAGGAGCUUAACAUGGGCCUCUUUCGCAAGUGCAUUGAGCACGUCGAGAAGUGCCUCAGCGAUGCCAAGGUGGAGAAGUCUCAAAUCCACGAUGUCGUGCUUGUGGGAGGCUCCACCAGGAUCCCCAAGAUUCAGCAGCUGCUUAAUGAUUUCUUCAACGGGAAGAAAUUAUGCAAGAGCAUCAACCCUGACGAGGCUGUCGCCAUUGGCGCUGCUGUACAGGCCGCCACCCUCAGCGGUGAGGGCAACCAGAAGGUGCAGGAUUUGAUCCUUCUUGACGUCACACCACUCUCGCUCGGGGUAGAGAUAGUAAGUGGUAUCAUGGGUGACCCUGGUAUCAUGAGCGUGCUGAUACCCAGGAACACCACCAUCCCCGUUAAGAGAGAUGGGCCUUACACAACCAUAUACGACUACCAGACCAGCGUGACCUUCCCGUUGUACGAAGGUGAAGGGGAGUUUACCAAGGACAACAACCUCCUGGGACAGGUCACGGUCUCUGGUAUUCCCCCAGAGCUUAAGGGCAUGGCACGACUCAGAGUGACAUAUGAAGUCGAAGCGAACGGUAUCAUGAGGGUGUCGGCGGAGGACCUGACGACUGGAAACAAGAGCAGCGUCACCAUCGACAAGGGUGGGCUGAGGAAGGAGGAGAUAAAUCGCAUGAUGCGGAUGCUGGGAAGUACAAGUCCGAGGACAAGAAACAAAUAA